GUGCGGACGUGCCGCUGCGCCGGGAUCACGGAAAGAAGAAGAGAGGGAGUAGGUGGCAUGGAGCCCCCGAGAGACAGUAAAGGUAGGCCGCGGUGACACAGUGCUUGCUGCUCACCAUGCCGGGGAUCGUUGUAUUCCGCCGGCGCUGGUCUGUGGGCAGCGAUGAUUUGGUGCUGCCAGGAAUCUUCCUUUUUGUACUACACAGCACCUGGUUUGUAAUCCUCUCUGUGGUCCUCUUUGGUCUGACAUAUAACCCCCAUGAAACAUGUUCCUUGAACCUGGUGGAUCAUGGACGUGGGUACCUGGGCAUUCUGCUCAGCUGCAUGAUCGCAGAGGUAGCCAUCAUCUGGCUGAGCAUGAGAGGAGGAAUUCUGUACACUGAGCCCAGGGACUCCAUGCAGUAUGUGUUAUACGUGCGGCUUGCUAUUCUGGUGAUUGAGUUUGUUUACGCAAUCGUGGGGAUUGUCUGGCUUGCUCAGUAUUACACAUCCUGCAAUGAUGUCACAGCAAAGAAUGUUACACUUGGGAUGGUGGUAUGUAACUGGGUGGUCAUACUCAGUGUCUGCAUCACGGUACUUUGUGUAUUCGAUCCAACCGGAAGAACAUUUGUGAAGCUACGAGCAACAAAGAGAAGGCAAAGGAAUUUGCGCACAUACAACUUGCGGCACCGUCUGGAAGAAGGCCAAGCCAGCAGCUGGACCCGUCGUCUGAAAGUCUUCCUGUGCUGCACUCGCACUAAGGACUCUCAGUCUGAUGCCUAUUCAGAGAUUGCCUAUUUGUUUGCUGAGUUUUUUCGAGAUCUGGAUAUCGUCCCUUCGGAUAUAAUUGCGGGGUUAGUCCUGUUACGCCAGAGUCAAAGGGCAAAAAGGAAUGCAGUACUGGAUGAGGCUAAUAAUGACAUAUUGGCCUUCCUAUCUGGCAUGCCAGUCACCCGGAAAACAAAAUAUCUGGAUCUCAAAAAUACUCAAGAGAUGCAACGCUACAAGGAGGUUUGUUAUUACAUGCUCUUUGCACUGGCAGCUUAUGGCUGGCCCAUGUACCUCAUUAGAAAGCCAACAUGUGGCAUCUGUCGAUUGGCGGGUGCAUGCUCUUGCUGCUGCCCUUGCUCUUCCCGUCCUCGCUUUGCCCCUGGAGUUACCAUUGAGGAGGACAACUGCUGUGGUUGCAAUGCAAUUGCUAUAAAGCGUCAUUUUCUGGAUGAGAACAUGAACAUGGUGGACAUUGUGUAUACGUCAUGUCAUGAUGCGGUUUACGAAACCCCAUUCUUUGUGGCUGUAGAUCAUGACAAGAAGAAAGUGGUGAUAAGUAUACGUGGAACACUCUCUCCAAAGGAUGCCUUGACAGACCUCACAGGGGAUGCAGAGCGCCUACCAGUGGAAGGACACCAUGGAACAUGGUUAGGCCACAAGGGGAUGGUUUUGUCUGCUGAAUACAUUAAGAAGAAGUUGGAGCAAGAAAUGGUUCUUUCCCAAGCAUUUGGCCGAGAUCUGGGACGUGGAACUAAACAUUACGGUCUAAUUGUGGUGGGACACUCUCUUGGAGCUGGAACUGCUGCCAUUCUUUCUUUCCUCCUGCGCCCGCAGUACCCUUCCCUAAAGUGUUUUGCAUACUCUCCACCAGGGGGCCUCCUAAGCGAGGAUGCCAUGGAAUAUUCCAAGGAGUUUGUGACAUCCGUAGUGCUUGGCAAAGACUUGGUUCCUAGAAUUGGGUUAUCUCAGCUUGAAGGUUUCCGCAGGCAUCUUCUAGAUGUUCUGCAGAGGAGCAACAAGCCAAAGUGGCGGAUCAUCCUGGGGGGUACAAAGUGUAUACCUAAAUCAGAACUUCCUGAUGAGUCUGAGGGGAUACCUGUGCCCAACAACCGUCUCUGGACUCACCCUAGUGAUCUGACCAUAGCAUUGUCUGCCAGCACGCCACUUUACCCACCUGGACGGAUCAUUCAUGUUGUGCACAACCAUCCCGAGGAGCGAUGCUGUUUCUGGGAUCAAGAGGAACCGACAUACUUUGCCAUUUGGGGGGACAACAAAGCAUUUGAGGAAGUGAUCAUCUCUCCAGCCAUGCUACAUGAACAUCUCCCUCAUGUGGUGAUGGAAGGACUCAAUAAGGUUCUGGAGAAUUAUAACAAGGGCAAGACAGCUCUGCUCUCUGCUGCUAAGGUGAUGGUUAGUCCAACAGAAGUUGACCUAAACCCUGAGCUGAUCUUCCACCAACCUCCCCAUCUGCCUCCUCCCACCCUGGAGGUGAUACCUGCCAUCAUGCCUGGCACAAAUGCCAACAGGAGGAACAGCAGCACCAAGAGUAAACAAUCUGAGAUUAGUCUCGAAGGAUUUUAUGACUCUCGACUUCUGUCCCCAAUAUUGAAGGAUCCUGUUGAGUUAUUGUUGAUGAGCACUAAGGACUGCCUGGCAGUUUCUCUGCAGGACCGGAGAGCACCACUGGCUACAAUGGAGAGCCUGUCAGACAAUGAGUCCGUAUACAGUUUUGAUUCAAGACGUUCCUCAGGGUUCCGAAGCAUUCGUGGCUCCCCUAGUUUAAGAGCCGUCCUGGAACGUGAUGAGUCUCACUGCUUUUUCAUUGAUCCUACCAUUCCAGAGGAGAACCCAUCCCUAAGCUCCCGCACAGAGCUUUUGGCAGCAGACGCCCUUUCUAAACAUUCGCAGGAGAGCCAACAUACUGAAAUUGUUCAUAACAGUGGUCGGUCAUCUCCAGGAGACCUGCCACCCUGGGAGGAAGAAAUAGUAGCAGGAGCAGAGACAACCAGGGUGCAAACCCCCGCCCAGGAGGAGCUGUCUUUACAAAAUGGCCGUCUCACAGAGGUACCCAGUCCACAAGUAUUAGAGUUUGCAGAAUUUAUAGACAGUCUAUUUAAUCUGGACAGUAAAAGUGGGUCUCUGCAAGACCUCUACAAUAUGAUGGUGGCAGAAGGAACAGACCGUGAAAUGGCCAAGUCAGUUAGCGAUCAAGAAAUACUUCUAAGAGCACAGUUUGAGCCAAAUCUGGUGCCGAAGCCUCCUCGCCUCUUUGCUGGCUCAGCUGAUCCAUCCUCGGGCAUAUCUGUGUCUGCCUCUUUUCCUCUCAGCUCUUCGGGUGAGCUCAUGGACUUGACACCCACAGGGAUGAGCAGCCAGGAGUGCUUGACGCCCGAUCCCAUACGGACUGCCAGUCCCACAGGGCCUAAACAUGCUAAACAGGAAGAACUGCUUAUUUCUGCUCUCUAGCAGAACGCACAGAGAACAUUAGGUAGAAUAUAUAUGGAGGGAAUGCAGCUUUAGGAAUAGAAAUCUGCCAGGCUACUGUAGGAAGAGAUAUGCCAGAGCUUAGUUAGCAGAUGUGAUUGAGAUGGCAGAGAUAGCUGCCAUGCUACCAUUAGGGUUUAUGCCAAUGGUACCAAUAUUUUGCAAACCAUGCGGCAGCUAAAAGGUAUGUUGGAACCUUUGAGAAGAUCAUAAACCAAGGAAAGUGAAUGGUUGCACUAAGAAGAUGCCACCACAUGGCAGUCUUGCAUGGCUUCUACUUUACCAGCCAAGGCUUUGUGCCAAUCUGUGUCAUUGGUCUGUUGGAAUGUUGACGUUUAUAAGAAAACUGAGCGGGCUUUUAGGGUCGCUCUACCACUGUUUGCCCUCGGGCAUCUAGAUAAGGCCAUAUUUCUACCUUUUGCUCUACAAAAGCAUAGUUACACUACAG